UCACGAGCUCACCAGACAACGACAGCGGGCUUUUCCAACUCCUUGUGACCCAUCAUCAUCCUCGAACAUCGUUCGCGAGCAUCCUCUGAUACCCCAAGCGCGAAAAAACACGACUGCAAUACCUGACCACGCUGCACAAAGCCAUCCGCUUUCCCUUCUGCCAAUUCAUGCUCUUCGUCCAAGGCUGCCGCUCCCUCACAACAUAGAGCCACCAGAGCAGCUUCAGAGACGAUCAAAGCUCUUGGUCAGCCAGAAGCUCCCACAAGCAGCUGGCAUUCCGAGGCCUCACUAUUGGCGAGAACCCCCCUCGGCCUGCGUCCCAGUCAUUCAUUCGUUCAUAGCACAGCAGCAAAACACCGUCUUGGCUCAUGGCGCCGAGUCGUCCAGGCCCGUCUGGUAGUGGCUCAGGAAGCGGAGGAGGAGCGCAGUCGAGGAAGCCGCAAGCGAGAAGAUCAGUAGGAGGCAAGGUACCGCGAACCAACCUACACGCCCAAGCGUCAGGCAGCAAUCGCCCACCCAACUCACGCGCACCCACAUCCAAUCCGAAAAAGCCACAUCGCUUCCGUCCGGGCACAGUCGCGCUGAGGGAAAUCAAGCGCUACCAGAAAUCUACGGACCUCCUAGUUGCCAAGCUACCCUUCGCGCGCGUGGUAAAGGAGGUUGCCGAGAAUUUCAUCACAACAGUCUACGAUGGCGAUGGAAGUGUGGGGUUGCGAUGGCAGAGCUCGGCGAUCUUGGCGUUGCAGGAGGCUACAGAGGCAUAUCUGGUGCAUUUGUUUGAGGAUGCGAACUUGUGCGCCAUCCACGCAAGACGAGUGACGAUCAUGCAGCGAGAUAUCCAACUGGCGAGGAGAAUCAGAGGGCAUUGGGGUGGGGUGGGGAUGGUGUAGCCGUGACGGAUGGCUCACCGUGCGCGAUUCUCUCUACUGUCGAUCACCCUUUGCCCCUUUCUCUCGGUUCGCACUUCUCCCACUCCCCUUGCCCAUCCCUCAUUCUCGCCUUCCGCCUUGUAUCAAUGCUUCGAUGACCAACGACCAAUCGCAUGUUACUGCUGUCACGCUUC